CACUGCGUAACCACAAGGACCAAAGAGGCAACAACAACGACAACAACAACGAGAGCCACAAUAACAUACAAUAGAGACAAAGUGUAUCAAUUAUAAUACGGGUGCAAGCUGAGCAAUCCGAGCUGACCAAGGAGGCAGUCAUGUUGGCGACAACAACAUCAACAGCAGCAGCAACAACGGCAUCAACAACAACAAUAGCAACAACAACAUGGAGACAAUCUACAACCACAAUUACCUCAGAUCCGGGCAUUCUGUGUUUUCAUCACUGCAACGUAAAAGUUUUCUGCUUCGUUCUGCCCCUCAGCUGUCCCCAUUGCAAUGCGCAACUGGAUGCGGAUGCGGAUGAGGAUGCGGAUGCGGAUAGGAAUGCGAAUGCAGAAGGCUCUGCAAAUGCUGUAGCAAACGCAUCUGGUGUUGGCUCCAUGACCAUUUCGAGACUACUGCCCUUUCGCUUGCCCUAUCCCUUUGUCCGGGCCACGCAGCACCCAUGUGCAAUCGUUCUGCGUCCCUCCAUCGGAGACUUUCUCAAGUAAGUAAAUGGCGCUACUUU